AUGUCGACGGAGAACGAAGACCAACUGAAAGAGAACGUAGAUCCUGCGGAAACUGUCAGUGAGCGGAAUGAGGUGGACUGGUUGAAGGAAGAAAUUCGCAAAUUUGCUGGCCUUGUAAAUGAUUCAAGUGUUCGACUUCACGUACAGGCAUACACACAGCUUGUUAAAGUAAUCAAUCACGUUGAAGCUGUGCCGGAGCCAUUCAUCAAGGGAAUUGUGAAACUUGCUGUUAACGCUGCCGUUCUUCGUUAUUGUCAUCAAGCAAGUUUCAAGAGCAUUGCUGGCACAGCAAUUCCACCUUUGAAAUGGAUUUUGCAACGCUUCCCGCAAGUGGCAGAAGCAGUUGUGCCUGAACUGGUGUCUGCGUUGGGAACGCUUGCCUUUUAUUGCUGUGCGAGCGGCAAAGCCUGUGGGAUAUUCGAGAAAAAGCUUCGAUUGUUGAUCAGUAAUGAUGAACAGGCAAGACGUUUGAAAGAAGGCAUCACUGAAGUUGGUAAAGAUGCAUCAUCGGCCAAGAAAAUGGUCUGCCUUAUGGCUUUCCUCCUAAAGGUACAAGCUGAUGUAGAUCGUACUCUAUACCUAGACGUGUUUUCGAAGGCAAUUCUUUUUCCAAAGAGCAAGCCUGAAGGAUUCGUCAUAGACUAUUGUGGCGCGAGACUCAGUUCUAUUUCGGCCUCAGAGUUCCGUGAUCAGCUGCUGCCGAAUAUAAAGAAGUCAUUGUUAAGGAGUCCUGAAGUGGCAUUAUUUGGUGUGGUGAAAGCGAUCCAGUCUUCUGAACACCCUCUUGACGAAUUCGUAAACGAUUUGCUGAAAGGAUUAACCUCCUCUGUUACAUCGACAUCGGACGAAUUGAGAAAUACCGCAAUAGCCGGUGUCGCAGCGUUUACUAUAAAAGCAGAAGCCGCUACUGUAGAAAAGAUCGUCAACUAUCUUUUUGAGCAGUUGACUGUGGCGAAAUCAUCCGAACAACGCGUCUCAAUUCUGGAGGGUAUCGCUAAUUGUGCAGAUGCGAAGAAUGCCAGUUCAUCAGCGCUUGAGAAAGUCGCAAACAGUGUGGUUGUGAAGACCACAAGUCCCGAUAAAGAAGCACAUGAAAAUGUCGUAGCAGCCCAAUGGAACACAGCGUUUUCUUGGGCGAGGAGGCUCCGAAACGAUUCCACCUCUCUCAUUUCUGCAUUCAAGAGCGCCCCUUUGAUUCUGUCUGCUGUUCGUCAUAUUGGUUAUCGUACUUUGGCUAAAAUUUUCACAAGAUGUGGAAUGAAAGCGUUGCCGGCAGAAUCAGAAAAGCAACUGUGGCAAGAAUGUGAAGCUGUUCUGAAGGAACCCCUCCAGUUUCUUUCUCUAUAUCUCCUUUUAAUGGAGAGCUCUAAUGCGGGUACAGCUAACCACACCAAACUAUGGGAGAAGAUUUCUGGUUACGACGGGAUGCUGAAGGACAGAGCCCUCUCAGCGAUGUCUACGGAUGAUGCCUUCGCAUGGAUUGAUCUCACAGAAAAAAUGAUCCUUGAAAGGCCGAUCUCGAAUGCUGUGAGUACUGGUUCUUAUCCUCCGAUGUGUAUGAAAUCAUUAACAAUUCUACUAUUCUGGCCUCACUGGCAAGUGAGAAAGCGCUCUUCCCUCGCUCUAGAGCGAAUCCUCACAGUUGAAGAAUCUCAUUUUGCUGAAGCAUUAGCUGAUACGAUAUUCACGGAGACUGUCAAUGGAUUCGUAGAUCAGACCUUGCGAAAAGUUAUGCACAGUAAUCAGGACCCUUCGUCCUUCACAGUCCCAGGCGAGUGGUAUGUGCAGGUUCUACGGUUGUUGCUCACUCCAAAGGGACCAGAACUAGAUAAGCUUGCUAUCCACACUUUACUGUUAGCUUCGCUCCAGAGACUUGUGGAGGUUGAUGGAUCAGUGUGGUUGAGAUGGAUGCAUGGUCAAACUAGUACAUCUCAAUUGAAGCAGAGCAGUGUUUUCAAGGAAACUGCGAUCAAUCUGGUUCUACAUUGCCCGGAUCGUAGCGUUCGGGACAAUGCUUUGAUAACCCUCGUGGCCCUUAAUCACCCAUCCUUACGAGACGGACUUUGGAGUUACAUAGAAAAAAGCAUAGCUGAAAUUGAUGUUGGCGAGUACGUUCGGAUCCCUGAAAGACAUGUUCUGAUUUACCAGUGUUCCGAAGGUCAUCUAUACAACACCGAAGUUUUAGAAUUGUAUGAAUCGGAACCAACAUUGAUUUUCAGUGACGAAGGUGAAAUAACCUAUAAUAUGCGUCGGGAAAAUAAAGCGUACAGCUUCCGCGAUCAAGUAGCCGAAAUGCAACUUCGAAGAGAGCUUGCUGAAAAGAAACGAAAAGAAGGGAAACUGACUGCCGCUCAGAAGCAAGUGAUGGAAAAAGAACUAGCAAAAGAAAAGGAAAUAAGGGAUGAAAUGCGUCAGAAAUACGUUGUUGCUGAAGCGAAAUUAGAUGAAGCUCGGGCUAUGGUAGCUGCAGAUCACGUUGGAGCAAUGGCUCGGUUCGUUCAUGUGGUUAAC